UCUAGGAUUUGAGUCUCAUUUAUUUGGUCUCCCUCUCCCUUUCCAAUUCCAUUAUAUAUACACACAAAUUACAAACAAUAGUCAAAUUAACAACUCUUAUACUUAUAGUAAUAGUGUUACUUGUCUCUCUGCAGCGAUGAACGCAUCAACCUCCAAUUACUCCAGCGGCUGCGAAUCCGGCUGGACUACGUAUUUGGAUCAAAACUCCUACAAUUCCACAGAUUUCUACACCAGGUACCAUCACAAAGCCGCCUACGACGACGACGAGGAUCAGUCCAUGGUGUCCGACGCCUCGUCGGGGCCUCCGCCGCCGCACUACACCUACACCUACACCGCGGCGGAGGAUAAGAAGAAGAAGAAGAAGAAUAAGAGAGCAGACAAGCAGACGCCGUGCCUCGACGACACGGCCAGCUCUUCCAUCCACCAUUUCUCGCAGGGCAAUGCACCUCCCGAUGAUGAUUCCGCCGCGCAUUUUCAGGGCGAAUCGGUAACGAAGAAGCGUUUGGGUUUCUUCAAAUCGUCCACGAAAGGGAAAUCAGCAAGUGUGGCGGGGAGAAAGAGGCAGUGAGAAAUGGAUGAAAAUAUAUUUUUGUGGUGAAAAAAAGGGGGAUAACAUCUGAAUUUCCAAGAUUGUUGUCUGUGUAUCUAUCUUCAUUUUAAUCCAUUUUUUAAUCUUUUUCUACCUCUGCCUAUUUCUUCCUGUCCAUGCACUAGGGAACAACCCGUAGAUCAUAAAUGUAAAAAUCAUGUUUCAAAUAUUUUAUAAAAGAAAAACUUUAAAAAGA